GGUUGUCUGGGUGUGCCACCGUGUGUGAGACCCCUUGGCCAAUGCCCCCAGACGUCCCCGCCAGUCGAGUGCGGAUCCGGGCUUUAGCUCCAGUGGGAGCUCCAGAUGCCCCGAUCUCGUGCCUCGGCGCCUUUCCCGUCCUGUAACAAUUGACUGGGUCGGGAGCAGAGACUCUGGACCGAACUGGACGGACAGCCAGACAGCGGACGGACAGACGGCCUGGUAUGGAGGUCCCUUGCCCAGCACUAGCAGCUUUGGUGGACAUCGUCACCACCAAACCGCGGCUCACCAGCACGUCCACAGCAUCCCGCAACCCCGCUUUGCUCUGCGAUUAACAUUACCACCGCCCCUUGGCGCCCCUUUGCCACACUGCCUUGCCUCUGCCUAUUUCUUCCAACUGCCGCCGCUUCGUUUCUGCUCGAUUGGCUUCUCCCUCCUCCUCCAACUCCUCAACUUUCCCUUUUUCCAAAGAUACCCAUCCCACCCUCCAGCCCUAAACCUGCAGCGCGACUGCGAACUCUUCCCCCCCCCCCCAAAAAGACACCGACAACCAUCACAACAUCGUCACCAGACCACACCCAAACCACAGAUCACAGCCAACAUGUCUCUGUUCACGGAGCUCCACACCCCGGCGACUGGCAAGUACCAGCAGCCCAUCGGCCUGUUCAUCAACAACGAGUGGGUCGAGGGUGUCGACAAGCAGAAGUUCGAGGUCAUCAACCCCGCCACUGAGGAGGUCAUCUGCUCCGUUCACGAGGGUACCGAGAAGGAUGUUGAUAUUGCGGUCGCCGCCGCGCGCAAGGCCUUCGAGGGCGUAUGGCGGGACACGACGCCCCAGCAGCGCGGUCUGUACCUGCUGAAGCUGGCCGACCUCCUCGAGAAGAACGCCGACCUGCUGGCCGCCGUCGAGUCGCUCGACAACGGCAAGUCCAUCACCAUGGCCAAGGGAGACGUCGCCGCCGUCGUCGGCUGCAUAAGGUACUAUGGAGGUUGGGCAGACAAGAUUGAGGGCAAGACCCUUGACAUUAGCCCGGACAUGUUCCACUACACCCGACCAGAGCCCAUCGGCGUCUGCGGUCAAAUCAUCCCCUGGAACUUCCCGCUGCUCAUGUGGUCGUGGAAGCUGGGCCCCGCGCUGGCCACGGGUAACACCGUUGUCCUGAAGACCGCCGAGCAGACACCCCUGUCCGGCCUGGUCGCCGCACAGUUCAUCAAGGAGGCCGGCUUCCCCCCGGGAGUCGUCAACAUCAUCUCUGGCUUCGGUAAGACCGCCGGUGCUGCUAUUUCCUCGCACAUGGACAUCGACAAGGUGGCCUUCACGGGCUCCACCCCCGUUGGCCGGCAGAUCAUGAAGGCCGCCGCGGCGUCCAACCUCAAGAAGGUCACCCUUGAGCUCGGCGGCAAGUCGCCCAACAUCGUCUUCAACGACGCCAACAUCGAGGACGCCAUCAACUGGGUCAACUUUGGCAUCUACUUCAACCACGGCCAGUGCUGCUGUGCCGGUUCACGCAUCUACGUGCAGGACGGCAUCUACGACGAGUUCGUGGCCGCGUUCAAGAAGCGUGCCGAGGAGAACAAGGUUGGCGACCCCUUCGCCGAGGACACCUUCCAGGGCCCGCAGGUCAGCAAGCUCCAGUACGACCGCAUCAUGAGCUACAUCAAGGCCGGCAAGGACGAGGGCGCCACUGUCGAGACGGGCGGCGAGCGCCACGGCGACAAGGGCUACUUCAUUAAGCCUACCAUCUUCUCCGGUGUCACCCCCAAGAUGAAGAUCAUGCAGGAGGAGAUCUUCGGCCCAGUCUGCACCAUUGCUAGGUUCAAGACCGAAGAGGAUGUCAUCGAGGCUGCCCACGACACCAACUACGGUCUGGCCGCUGCCGUCCACACCAAGGACCUCAACACUGCUAUCCGCGUGAGCAACAGGUUGAACGCUGGAACUGUCUGGGUGAACUGCUACAACGCCCUGCACCACCAAAUGCCCUUCGGUGGUUACAAGGAGUCAGGUAUUGGUCGUGAGCUCGGCGAAGCUGCUCUGGCCAACUACACGCAAAACAAGUCUGUCGCCAUCAAGCUGGUAUAAGGUGCGCGUAAGUCUACGAUUUAAUUUUGGAACCUGAGAGAAGAUUUAUUGGUGAGAGGAUGUCGCGCCAGGUUCAACAACGGCAGGUUCAGAGCCUGGGCCCAAGUCUAUAGCCAUUUCGGUAUUGUACAACGACACCACGCGUCUCUUGAAGGAGAUGGGCAGUGAGAAGUGAUGAUUGGAAAUGAAAAACCAAAAAUGAAGUCAAAAAUUCGUCCGAGACUUUCUUGUAUUGUCAGGUGAAUUGUGACAGAUUGGAGACUUGGAGGUGUUGGCGAGCGUGCCAAGCAGGUGGGUGGUGUUCCCCACCCUGACCCAAGGGUCCUAGACUUUUGGAGAGAUGUGCAUGAUGCCCAGGUACGACAACAAAGGCUCAGCGAGCAGAAACACUGCCCAGCUUCUCAAUCUAGGCAGGGCAGAUGAACUAGGUAUGAUGUAGGAUCAACCAACCUGCUCACCCGACCAAAAUGCACUCCCCGGGUUGAUUGAGGCUAGUCUACAUGCUUGGCUACUACGGUGAGGUGUGGGACCCAUGGAUCUAGGUCAA